UUACAGUACGUAAUCUAAGCCACCAUUCCAUCCCCUCUAGGCGUAACCAGGACGUGUUAGCAAAUGUUGUUUGUGUCUGCGACAUGUUAAACGCAGAAAGCAACAAGUGCUGAAAAGUUUGCCAAUAUUUCUAUCGACAACUUUCAAGUAACUAAAAACAUCUACAUAUUUUCCCAUUAACACUAUCACAAGAACCAGCCAUGGACCAAAAGCUGUUGAUUGGACCAGGUAUUAUAGCUAUAGGCCUACUCCUGCACACUGUUGGUCAAGCUACGCCAUAUUGGGAUAGUUUCGUUUAUGAUGACUCGUCUGUCAACUUGGGCUUGUGGGAAGUCUGCAAUACGUUUGGGUGUAAUAAAAUACAAAUGAACAGCCCAAUCCUGACGCCCCUCUACCACGCCAGCAGAGCUUUCGCCAUCAUGGGAGUUCUGUCCGGAGCUGCAGCGGUUCUCACGAUAUUUCUCUACGUGUUUCAAGUCAAGCUCAUCUACGUCAAAAUAUCCGCAGCUUUGGGGGCUGCAUCUGGUGUGUUGAUCGCUAUAUGCGCCAUUGUGUGGUUUGUGUAUGCAGUUGAUAUGUAUCCAGUGAAUGUGUUCGGUUACUCGUUUAUCCUUAGCUGUGUGGGGUCGGUUUUGUCGAUCAAAGGCAGUAUCGCCAGCUACGUGAUGGUCAGGAGACACCAUCGCUUUGGUUAUGCGACCAUCGUCUCUCCUUAGUAGGGUCUUGUUAGGAGAUUAACAUUUCUAACUAGUUAGGUUUUAGCUGUUUCUUUCAUGUUAGGUUUUAGCUGUUUCUUUCAUGUUAGGUUUUAGCUGUUUCUUUCAUGUUAGGUUUUAGCUGUUUCUUUCAUGUUAGGUUUUAGCUGUUUCUUUCAUGUUAGGUUUUAGCUUUUUCUGUCAUGUUACGCUUGGCUGAUGUUGUAAUUUAUGGUAUGCCAUGAAGCAACUGUCGCUUGGCAUGUUUACAUGGGCGAAAGAUGUGUGUCCCUAUCUAUCAUGAGCCCAAUAAGUUCAAUCAUAUUUACCUUCAUUUAAAUUAGCUAAUAAAUCGUUUUCUGAAUAUAAAGUUUA